UUAAGGAUAUUGACCAAGUCCGAUGCUAUUGAUUAAGGAUAUAUGUGUGUGCGUGCAGUGAAGGUAACUGAAGUGAAGCAGGAGCUGAUAUACAAAAUGAGUUCAAGUGGAGAGCAUUCUAUUUCAGUUCAGGCAGUCAACGGCCCUUACUCUCACUUCAUUUCACUUCCAUUGGCAAUACAUCGUGAAUUAGUUGACAAGCUUAAUAAGUUCCAGGACUCCAUUUUGGAAAGUGAUGAUCCUUUAUCUGACAUGAGAAUCGACAAAUCCAUAUUCACUAAGCCAGAAUCUCUUCACUUAACUGUUCUCAUGUUAAAACUGUGGAACGAGGAUCUAGUUGCUAAAGCCGAGAAAGUUUUGCAGAAUGUCUCUUCUAAAGUGAUGGAAACCUUGCAGAAUCGGCCUGUCUCCAUUAGACUUCAGGGCCUGGACAUUAUGAGGGGUUCUUGGGAUAAAGCACAAGUUGUCUAUGCACCUGUGGAAGAAAUUGGCAGUGAGGGCAGACUCCUACGUGCUUGCCAUGUCAUUAUCGAUGCAUUUGUCGAAGCUGGACUUGUUCUUGACAAAGAUCCUAAGGACAGAUUGAAGCUGCAUGCUACUGUGAUGAAUACAAUUUAUAGGAAAUGGGGACAGUUCAAUUAUUUUGAUGGGCAGUCCAUUUUUAAGCAGUUUGGAUCAGAGGAAUGGGGGGAGUAUGUUAUACGUGAAGCUCACCUGUCUCAGAGAGGUAAGUUUGAUGACAACGGAUAUUUUCACUGUUGUACUUCCAUGCCAUUUCCUGAAAACGUUCAUGUAGACUGAUUUUCCUUUUCAGAAAUGUGUGUUUGUCAAGUUUUAUAGCUCUAUAAACAUGUAUUAUUUGUGUGUGUAUGAGUGUGGUUUUUGAAGAGAGUGUGAGAGUGAAUUUGAAGGGUAAAAGAAAUGAGAAUCAAAAGGUGUAUUGGGAUUUGGGUGGAGAGAUUGAGAGAAUUUGAGUAUAUGUAAUAUUGAUCGUUUAAGUGAAAAUAGAUAGGUAAGUAAUUUUACCAAACCAGUAAAUUUCUUUGAUUCUUUAUUAUUUUGAAGUGCUUGAAAAUUAUCUUUUCUCCCAACAUAGUUUUGCUUCUUUGCCUUUCUUUACAUUGUAAAUUUCUGAAACCUGAGAGCCCCACAAAGCUAAUUUAAGUUAUCUUUGUAAAACCUUAAUAAACAGCUUUAUGUUUUGUUGGCACCAAAUGCUGCGAUGCUUUUAACCAAAUCUAUAUUGACAUAAUUCAUCAUGGCUAUUGCUAUUCUAGGACAUUUCAUCACAUUAUGUGAUAUUACUUGCAUAGAAAAGCUGCUACUCAACCUAUUACUUAUGAAAUAUCAUUAGCAUUAGCUAUGUUAUCAAUAUCCCUAAGUGGGAUUAGCUAAAUAGCUAAUUUAGAUAUGAACAUUGAACUGACCUUGAAGGAA